AUGACCAACUGCUGUUCCCCUUGCUGCCAGCCCACCUGCUGCAGGACCACCUGCUGCCAGCCCAGAUGCUGUGAGCCCAGCUGCUGCCAGCCUUGCUGCCAGCCCACCUGCUGCAGGACCACCUGCUGCAGGACCACCUGCUGGCAACCCAGCUGUGAGACCACCUGCUGCAGCACACCCUGCUGCCAGCCCAGCUGCUGUGGGUCCAGCUGCUGCCAGCCCUGCUGCCAACCAAAUUGCUGUCCAACCACCUGCUGCAGGACCACCUGCUGGAAACCUACCUCUGUGACCACCUGCUGCACCACACCCUGCUGCCAGCCCAGCUGCUGUGUGUCCAGCUGCUGCCAGCCUUGCUGCCAACCCACUUGCUGCAGCACACCCUGCUGCCAGCCCAGCAGCUGUGCACCCGUCUACUGCACCAGGACCUGCUACCACCCCACCAGCGUCUGCCUGCCUGGUUGCCUAAACCAGAGCUGUGGAUCCAGCUGCUGCCAGCCUUCCUGCUGCUGA